GCUUUUUCUUCAUCAAUCAUCCACUUUCUCAUCCAUUUUCCUUGGUGUCUCUCUCUCCCCAAUAUCCCUUUCCAGAGAAUCUCAAGAAUUUUCUAAGAAAACUCAAUCCCGGUCCCUAACCCAGAUCCGAAAGAUCCCUUCGGAGACUACCUACGGAUCGAUUUGGCCUCGAGAAUCGCAAGCAGAUUAAGAUUCCUUUUCCGACUACGAAGACCCAAUUUCAUUCUUUCCCUCACAUCAGUAAUCCUUACCCACAAUAAAUCCCCAUUAAACGAUCCCCUUUUUUCUUGCCCUCUCUUAUUUCACAUUCUUUUUCUCAUCCCGAUUUUCCCAAGAAAAACUCCUUUUAGAUGACCCUAAAACCCACGUUCAAUUCGGUGAUUAGUGCGUUUUCCUUAGUUUUUUAAUUUUUUUUAUUUAAGUUGUAUUCUAGAGCUCUCUAUAUAUAUGUUGCGUAGAUUUUUUCUUGAGAAAAGUUUUGAUUUUGAUCUAUAGAAAAGAUUUUUGGAUCGUUGUGUUUGUGUUGGGAUUUAAUGGAUCUGAGAGUGGAUUGAAAUCAAUGAUCUGUCUUCGAUGAGCUUUUUGGAUGAGCAAAACUUUUUGAUUAUUGUAUUGGUGGAUUGGAUAAUAAGCUAAGACGGUGAAGGGGCCGAGCUUACUGCUUUUAUCUUCGUUUGAUUGGGAACUGGAUUAUGGAUCACGUGAUUGGUGGAAAGUUUAAGCUCGGGCGGAAGAUCGGCAGCGGCUCGUUUGGAGAGCUCUAUUUGGGUGUUAAUGUACAAAGUGGAGAGGAAGUGGCUGUCAAGCUGGAGUCUGUGAAGACCAAGCACCCUCAGCUUCACUAUGAGUCAAAGUUAUACAUGCUUCUGCAAGGAGGAAGUGACGGGUAUCCCCAUCUGAAAUGGUUUGGUGUUGAGGGCGAGUAUAAUGUUAUGGUUAUUGACCUGCUUGGUCCAAGCCUAGAAGACCUGUUCAACUAUUGCAACCGAAAGUUCACUUUAAAAACGGUUUUGAUGCUUGCUGAUCAGUUAAUAAACAGAGUUGAAUACAUGCAUUCACGGGGUUUUCUUCACCGUGAUAUAAAGCCAGACAACUUUUUAAUGGGUUUAGGGCGCAAAGCUAAUCAGGUUUAUGUGAUUGAUUAUGGUCUGGCAAAAAAGUAUAGGGAUCUUCAAACACACAAGCACAUACCUUACAGGGAAAAUAAGAAUCUCACAGGAACAGCUCGUUAUGCAAGUGUCAAUACUCACCUUGGAGUUGAACAAAGUAGAAGAGAUGAUCUGGAGUCUCUUGGUUAUGUGCUUAUGUAUUUUCUGAGGGGAAGCCUUCCUUGGCAAGGCUUAAAAGCAGGAACUAAGAAGCAGAAAUAUGACAAGAUCAGCGAAAAGAAGAUGCUUACUCCCAUAGAGGUCCUUUGCAAAUCGUAUCCAUCAGAGUUCACGUCAUACUUUCAUUAUUGCCGAUCACUACGUUUUGAAGACAAACCGGAUUAUUCAUAUCUGAAGAGGCUUUUCCGGGACCUAUUUAUUCGAGAAGGUUAUCAGUUUGACUAUGUAUUUGAUUGGACUAUAUUGAAGUAUCCUCAAAUUGGCUCCAGUUCUAGAGCACGACCAAGCGGGAAACCAGCGCUAAACCCAGGAACAUCUGCUGAGAAAAUAGAGAGGCCUUCAGUGGGACAAGAAAUCCGAGAACGGUUUUCUGGUGCUGUCGAGGCAUUUUCCAGGAGGAAUGGCUCGGGGCAUGGUGAUCACUCAAGGCACAGAUCUUCGGAUGAUGUGCCAUCGUCCAAGGAUGUGCAACCUGAUUCUGAAAGGGGACGCUCUUCUCGUAAUGGCAGUGCCUCAAAGAGGCCUGUAAUGUCAAGCAGUAGGCCAAGCUCCUCUGGUGAGCCCAGUGAGAAUCGGUCAAGCCGGCUGGUGUCAGGCAAUGGUCGCCUGUCCACAACCCAGAGGAUUCAACCUGGGUUUGAAUCCAAAACAUCUUUUAGCCGUGGUGCAACCACUAGAGGUAGUCGUGAUGAUGCACUUCGGAGCUUUGAGCUCCUGUCGAUCGGUACAGGUAAGAGGAAAUAAAGGAUGAAUCCAUCUGGUAAGAACUGCUCUGUGUCAGGGCUCAAGACUACCCCUUUGCAGUUUGUUACGAAAUCUAAAGUAUUAUGGUUUUACCUCGGCUACUUUGUACAUGUGUAUCAAUGGUUGGGUUGAACUCGCAGCUAAAAGCUCACUGAAGUUCCUCUCGAGAGCACUUCCAGACUCUUGGCACCUCUUGGAGUUUCUGGCCCUUAUUAUGGCUCUUGGACUCAUCCAAGAAAAGAGGGAAAUUAUGUCACCUUAGGGAAAUGUUCAUACAUCCUGAGACACUGAUAGUUGUAAUAAGUACGGCUGUUAUAAUUUUUUUUUUUUUCCCG